CGCAGCUUAUAAAUAGCAGACAGAGCGCGUUCUAAGUCAGUUAGUUUUCAACAGUCGUUCAAAACGUCAACAUCGUCGGAAACUCGGCAACAGAACGAGCCUUAAAGAUAAUUCUUCAAAGCUGGUUUUUUAUUUCAGAUAUUUGGAUAUUUUACAAAGGAAAAAUGCUAAGACUCUGGGCAUGCCUGCUCUUGGUCUGCUUCGCUCAAGCGGUACCAUUCUAUAGCGAUGAAGAAUUCGAUUCAGCUUCCAGCUUGGAUGACUCUGAUUUAUCAUCAUUCUCAGACAGCUUUAUGCAACAUUUAACACGACCAUUGCCGCUGCAUCGCACGCUCUUUGGGCCCAUUCCAUAUGCACCGCUUGAGCCACUUCGAGCACAGCCGUCACAGCGUGUGGCAAGCGUUUGGGCUGCACCGCCGCCAGCCUCGCUGACGGUCCAGCAGCCACGCCCCCAAGCCCAACUUAAUGCCCCACUGUUGCCACUCUACAGCAGCAGCUACGGCAGCGACGGCAUCACCGACACCGAGUUUGUGCCUCUCGAGCAGCAGCAGCAACAUCAGCAACGGCAACAAGGACGACAGGAUGUUGUUGCCACGCCGGUUUCCCCUCAGUCGGAUCAGAAGCCCUUCAAUGUCGAUACCAUCACCUCGGAUGUGAACUCUCCCAAUCCGGCAGUGUUCUUCCAGCAAUCAUUCCCAUUCUUUGGCAAUGAAUUCUUCAACUCAUUUGGCGGUUUUGGCUUCGGUAAUGCCCAGGAACCUUGGUGGAAAGGACCCAAUGUGUGCACUGAGAAAGAGGAAAAUGAAGGCGCAACCACGGAAACUGAUGGUGAUGAAAGCGUGGACACCUUUGGUCAGGAACGUGAUGGCGCUGGCAGCGUUGUCCGCUCGCCGCUCUUUGGCCAGUUCCACUUUAGCGUGAACUCCUGUGCCGAGAAACCCAACAAGCACGUCUGCACCAAGAUCGUUAAUCAAAAUGGCAAAAAGAAGACACUGACUCUGACACGUCAAUGCUGCCAUGGAUAUGGACGUCCACGCAACGCGGACUUCACCACGCCCUGCGAAAAGAUCGAGAUCAAAGACAUCGAAGCAACAGCCGCCGAUAUGGGAGCCAAGCAGUUCAUUGAGAGCGCCAAGAGUGCUGGUGAAUUGGCCGAUAUGUUGGCCAGCAACAGUGGCAAGAAAGUGACUGUCUUCGUGCCCAACGAUGCCGCUUUCCAGGAAUAUCGCGGACAGCAUCAGCUGGAGAAUAACGUGGAGGACUCCAAAGCCGAAGCUUCAUCAAUCUACAAACUGCACUCUGUCUUGGGCGAUGUGCAGCUGGAGGAUGUGCCCAACGAGAAGCUGCUCCAGAGUGAACUUCCCGGCCAGAAGAUACGCAUCAACAGCUAUCAGCUACCGCCGGCUUUGAGCCCAGAGCCCUAUCGUUAUGCCGCCAACUGUGUGCCCAUUGAGAAGCACGACAAGCUCUCGGAACAGGCUCUGGUUCACACACUGAAUGGCGUACUUAAGCCUCUAACCAAAACGGUAAUGGACAUCAUUCGCGAUCGCGCCGAUAUGUCCAUAAUGCGUGCCGUCCUCGAGAAGACCAACAUCAGUGCCAUGCUGGAGGCCGACAAGCCAGUCACCAUCUUUGUGCCCACGGAUGCGGCCUUCGAAAAGCUGGAGCCACAUCUCCGACGCACUCUGAAGGAGGGACGUGGCUGUGCUUCGAAUAUACUAAAGAACCAUAUGUUGGAUCUGACCUUCUGCUCGCUGGCAACGCUGCCGGGAGCCAAGACGACCGCAUAUAAUCUUCUCGGAGAACCGUUGCUAUUUAACCGCACCCAACGUGCCGCAAACUCAACUGAGGAACAGGAGAGUGCAGUCUAUAUCAAUAGUGUCGCUAAGAUUCUGGAUGCUGAUAUAAUGGGCACCAAUGGAGUGCUCCAUAUCAUUGACACCAUUCUGCCAACGGAAUCGGCGUUGCCAAUGACCUCGUUGAUGUCGCAGAAGAAUCUAACAAUCUUCAAGCAGCUGCUGGAAGCCUCUGGUUUUGAUGAUCAGUUCGAUGAUUUGGACAAUGUGACAAUCUUUGCUCCUACGGAUAAGGCUCUGCAGAACUCGGAAUGGGCACGUCUGGUGGCAGAGCAACCGGAAUCGUUGAAAGGCAACAAGGAUUUAUUGAAGUUCCUCAACUAUCAUGUGAUCAAGCCCAUGAUUAAGACCUGCGAUCUCUCAGAGAGCACCCUGCCCACCGUGGAGGGCACAAAUGUUCGCCUCAAUCUGUACUCCACCCAUGCCCUCUUCUCGGACGUCAUGAACCGGGCAACCGUUAACUGUGCCCGCCUGGUCCACUUCGAUGACGAGAGCUGCGGCUCGGUGUUGCAUCAACUGGACCGUCCACUGACACCGCCUCAGAAUAACUUGCUGAAAUCCCUGGAGGCCAAUCCUAACUACAGCAAAUUCUUGGAGUUGGUGCGCAAGGCGAACUUGACCCAUUUGCUGACAAAUGAUUCGGACAGCUUUACGCUCUUGGUGCCCAAGAACGAUGUAUUCGAUGAGCUGAGCGAGUCCAGCGAGUCCAAGGCGACCGCACAGAGUCAGGCCGAGCUUGUGGCUCAGGUCAAGACGCACAUUGUCAACGAUGUGGUCUGCUGUGCUGGCAUCAUUCCCACCAAUUGGCCAUUUGUGCGUUCCAUCGAAUCCAUUUCGGGUCAUCAUCUACGCAUUACACGCGAUCGCCGUCCCAAGAUCGAGAAUGCCGGUGUUACCAAAUGCGAUGUGGUGGCUACCAAUGGAAUUCUGCACGAGAUCAAUGAUGUCAUUGUGCCCAGGCCAACCCAGCAACACCGUCGACCACAACUUUCCCCCAACUAUCAACCCCAUGACGAUUUCGAUGGUUUCUUCUAAGCAUCAACCAAGUUUCAGAAGCGAUAUUUAUUAAUAAAUAUCCAUGUCUAUAUACUAUACACAUAUUUAUAUUAUUUUAUAAUGAUUUGUCAAUUGAAUUCGAUUGAAAGCUCACAUAAGCAAAGAUAAAACUGCAGUUGAGAGUCUCUCUGAUAAAUAAAAUACAUAGAAAUUUAAAAACAAA